AGAUAUUGCUGCCUAUUCCAUGGUGAUGAUUGCAGCAGGGGUGGAACUCCAGGACGUUGACGUCUCAUAGGGCUGAGCUCGCUUUCCUGAAACGUGUUAGAAUCCCUCGAAUUUCAACUCCGCAACACCGCCGCACGAAGCGCUUGAACACCCACACCUCUGGCUUCUGGAUACCAGAGAGCCACCAUGCAUUCCGCUCUAGUGCGUGUCCAGAAUGUCUUCGGCUUCUUCACCACAGUAGCUUUUGUCGUUGCGACUGUCAUUGCGCUCUCCGUCGUAGUGACACCACAAGCUCCAUCCGCCAGCGUGAAGCUCAAGAAUGUACAAGUAGUGAGAGGCCGACCCCACUACUACAGCACCAAACGUGAAGAAUACGCCCACAUCAAAUUCGACCUCGACACAGACCUCACCUCUCUUUUCAGCUGGAACACCAAACAAGUCUUCCUCUACCUAACCGCCACAUACCCGUCCCUAGACCCCCGCGAACCCCCCUCCCAAGCCAUCAUCUGGGACGCCGUGCUCCCCUCCCUCUCCGAGCCCCUCCACCACAACCAAUACAUCCACCCCGCGAAGAACGGCAAAGCCUCAAAGGGCAAGAAAUCUCCCUACCCGCCGGGCGAAAUUCACCUCGCGGCCCAGCGACCAAAGUACCAGAUCACGGACAUCAGCGGCAAGAUCCAGAACCGGACGGAUGUGGUGCUAGAGCUGGGCUGGAAUGUGCAGCCGUGGGUUGGCGCACUGAGGUGGGCGAAUUAUGAGGAUUUUGGGGUGUGGAAGGGGAUGAGUGGGGGGAAGAGCGGGGUGUUUAGUUUCCCGGAGAUUAAGAAGAGGAAGGAGGCGGAUUUGAAGACGGAGAAGGGGGGCGAGGGGAAUAGGGGGAAGCCUGCGUAGAGCAUAUGAAAGGGUAACGGGAGUUAGGCAUGAUGAGAGGCGUUCGGGUAUCGAAAUGUCUUGCCGAAAAGGAUAGCGUUUGGCUGCUCACUCCAGCUUGUUUUUAUGGUUGGAAUAUCAAGGAUGAUAUCCUAGGGCUUUGUCAACCUGCCGUGGUCGACUGUGUAGUUGAAGCCGCAGCUAACAUUUCCACUCCAGUACUUGUCUAAAUGGCUACAAUUUCUACUGUGUAUGCUCCCAGCCCGUCUUCCGCUCUACACUUCUAUCUAUCUACCAAAUCAUUUCUAUGUCAUAAAUC